UCCUCCUCGUCCUCCUCCUCCUCCACCACGGCGUGACUUUAACAUGGAGCUGUGUGUUUCUCUCUAAAAGCCGUGACAGCGCAGCUAAUUCUCUCUUAAAGACGCUACGCUGCUGUAGCCAGCGGUGUUUCAGAGCCAUGGACUAGCUGUUUACCAGUGAGCCUCAUGGGAGGCGGGAAUAAUGUCAGGCUAAGCCGGUGCGGUGUGGGGCCUGUUGGGUGAAGGUGACUAUCAUCUGGAAUGAUGCAGCAGAAACGGAAUAUCCGGAUCAUAGAAUGGGAGGACCUGGACAAGAGGAAAUUUUACUCUCUCGGAGUGUUCAUGACCUUGACCACCCGUGCCACCGUCUACCCGUUCACCCUGAUCCGAACUCGACUGCAGGUUCAGAAGGGAAAGUCACUGUACAAUGGCACUUUUGAUGCCUUCUGUAAGAUCCUGAAGGUGGAAGGAGUGCGGGGACUGUACCGGGGCUUCAUGGUCAAUACCUUCACGCUGAUCUCAGGUCAGGCCUACAUCACAACCUAUGAGCUGGUGAGGAAGUAUGUGUCUCAUUAUUCCUCCAGCAACACCUUCAAGUCCCUGGUGGCCGGGGGCUCAGCCUCACUGGUGGCCCAGAGCAUCACUGUGCCUAUCGACGUGGUCUCCCAGCAUCUUAUGAUGCAAGGCCAGGGGGAACAUUUCACACGCUUUAAGCUCAAGCCCAAGAUAGUGAUGGCCACGUCUAAACAUAAAGUGACUUUUGGUCAUACCAAGGACAUUAUGGUGCAGAUUUUCGCAGCUGAUGGCUUUCGGGGGUUUUAUCGAGGCUAUGUGGCUUCACUCCUCACCUACAUCCCUAACAGUGCCCUGUGGUGGCCUUUUUAUCACUUUUAUGCAGAGCAGAUGUCCAGGCUGGCCCCCUCCAACUGCCCUCACCUCCUCCUGCAGGCUGUGGCUGGGCCCAUGGCUGCAGCCACUGCUUCCACCAUCACCAACCCUAUGGACGUAGUGAGAGCCAGAGUGCAGGUUGAAGGCCGUUCCUCUGUGAUUGAGACGUUUAAGCAGCUCUUAGCUGAGGAGGGCAUGUGGGGUCUGACGAAGGGUCUCUCAGCACGUAUCAUCUCCUCAACUCCCACCUCAAUCCUCAUCGUCGUCGGCUAUGAGACACUGAAGAGACUCAGCCUGAGGCCUGAGCUGGUCCACACAAGACACUGGUGAAAAGUGGUACCUACAGGAAUGCUAAAAAACAGUCCAGAACAUCUGUACCUCAUACGGAGCUUCACAGACAGCCCCUCGCUCUCCAGACCUCUCUGCCUUUUAAACAGAUGCCUUUUGGGAUAUUUUAAGUGUGGUCAGGUUGCGUGGGUUUUACAGUAGAUUAUUUUGGGAAGUGGACCAGGGGAAAUUGUGGUUCACGAUGUGCUCAUCAUUUCCUCCUUUUUUCAAGGUUAUAUAUUUUGUACUGUUUUGUCAAUCAGGAGAUUUGAGCCUAAUUAAGUGUAUGCAACACAUACAGGUGCUUCACAAAGGGCCCAUGUAAAACUUGUAUUUCCAGAUACAGUUUGCAUAUGUCUUUCAAAUGAAAGUUAAAGUAGGUCUCAUUUUGAUAUCUGGUAUGAAUGCAAACUGAAUCCACAUCCAAUAGCUGGAUAACAAGAUCAUUACAGUUCAGUGCUUGCAGUUACAUCUGCAGUGAAAAUGCCACACGGCGACUGCUUAUCAGAUCUCACUUUCCCUUUCAUUGUGCAAACAAGCUGAAGUCUGGUACUAGCCAGAAAAACAGCAGUGUGGUCAGGUCCCUGAGAUGUGCCAAUCGAUUCUAUUUCUACAGAGUGGAUCCAAGCCUUAAUGAUGUUACUCACUAAAUACACCAAGGCUGGUCAUAUUUCAUCCACAAGCAAAUCUCGGUGUCCAGCAAACACCUGUCCACCUAAGCAAGCUCUGGAUGUGGUCCCUGGUCAGCAACACAUGAUCAUGUUUCAGGCAGUAUUCACUUAACAUGUAGUCAGGGUUGGGAUGUAUCAGAAGAAAAGUACUGAGAAAAAAAGUAUUCAGAAUACACAAAUUAAGUAUAAAAAGUAUUUGUAUUCAGUCCAGGUUACAUUUUGAAAAAGCAGUAUACAGAUUACAGUUACCUUUUACAUUUUAGGAGAAUACUUUUAGAAUACUUACCAAUAACAUAAAAAUGUGGUCUUCAAAAAAACACAUUUAAUGCUUAUUUAUUAACUAUGUUAAAAUUGGCACAGGGCAUGCAGCAAAUAGGCUCAUUAGGUUAACUCUGAAAAGAGUUAACAGCUUCUUUAUGAAUAUUGAAGCUCUGACUAAAGUCCAAGUAGACUGAUAAAUCACUGUUAUGAGCCAGUUAUUCAUUUCAGAUUAACAGUCUCCUUGGUAGGACAUGUUUGCGAGUGAUGAGCUUAGUAUUGGUAAUGUACUGGACUAUGAAGAUCAUGAGAGCAGCAGUGGACUGAAGCAGGUGGUGAGAGAGAAAGAAAAGCUGAGAAUUGUUAUAAGUUAAUUAUAAACAGAUUUUUCAUUAAAUGUAUUAAUGGGAUAAUUACAUAAAAAACUGCCAACCACUAACAGUAAAGAAGUGCAAAUGCCUUACCAAGAUGUAUUCUAAAUGUAUUCUUAACACAUACCUUUAUAUAUUGUAAUGGAAAACGUUACUGAAUACAUUUAGGACCGUGUGUUCAGUAUUCAGUCAUCAUUACUUAAGUAUUUUGCCCAGCCCUACAUACAGUGCCAUUAACAUUUAUUUUUUAAUCCUUGCAUUGCACAUUAAUGCCAAUAUCAUAGUGCUUUAUGAAGGUAUACUUUUGGAGUGUCUAAUGUAAAUUCAAAUGACUUGUUUCUUUGAUCCCGCAACCCAGAAGGAGAAGCGGCUUAGAAAAUGGAUGAAUGGAUGGAUGGAUGAAUGUUUCUCUGAUAGAUAUGUGACAUUUUAAAUCAUCAGGCAUAAUUGAAAUCAGGACUGGUGCUGCUGGUGGGACAUUGGUCAGAAUUAGUAUGGGGGUUACAAUGAAUGUAUUGUUGAGUCAUUAUGUAUUUAGUGCUAAGUUGAGUCAGUAGUGAAAUAGUUACACUUGUGGUCUCAUUAACUCCUUUUCAUCUAAUUGUGUUGAAUAGAGGGCCAUUUGUAUUUAUGUGUACAGGCAUUUAAAUCUGGUGGGGUCUUUUUCAGGAGGCCUUGUGUUAUACCAUAAAAAGAUUUUGUGUGCUUUGGGGCCAAAGUUAGGUUUUACACUUGAACGUUUUGUAAACAUAACAUAUCUUUAUAUAGUAUGGCCUGUAGUAACGAUUCCUUGGGAGGAUGUGAAUACAUUUGUGUUUCUUUCUAAUCUAAAUGUGUGUCAAUCACACUGGAGCUCAUUAAAUGAAAGAGUGCACCAACACA